AUGAGUUCCUUUGCAAUUCCUUCAGUAGCAAUUGUUGCCCUUCUUGUUAUUCUUCAAAAUGGCGGGCAAGUGCUUGGUGCAGCAUAUCCUUGUCAUACUGGUAACUGUGGAGGUGUAGCACCAGCUGUUCAAACAGGAGGUUAUGCCGGAUCUUAUGCAAAUGCUCAGCCAGGAAAUGCUCAGGCUAGUUCAUACGCUGGUUCUUAUGGAGUUGCUCAGCCAGUUGCUGUAGGUGCUGUUCCUGUACCUGUACCAGUACCAGGACCAGCUGUACCUGUACCAGUACCAGCUGUACCAACAGGAGCACUUGGAGGUCUAGGAAGCCUAGGAGGAUUGUUGGGUGGUGGCCUUCCUUUGGGAGGUCUAGGUGGAGGCCUAGGAGGUCUAGGUGGAGGUCUGGGAGGUCUAGGAUCAGGCCUAGGAGGUCUGGGAGGAGGCCUAGGAGGUCUAGGAAGUUUAGGAUUUGGUCAAAGCGGUAGCGAAGAUGUUGCUAUUAAUGGUGAUGGAAACGUUUUCAAGAAACUUUUGGAACUUAUCGCAAAUAUUAAUAUACCCAUCAGCAUUUUGUAAGUAAUGGCACACUUCAGUAGGAUAAAUGAUAAAAUGAAUUUUUGAAGUAGACUAUUUGGCAAAAUGUAUAUGGUUUUAAACUAAAAGAAAUUUCAUA